AGGCUAACAACAAGCUCACGGACAUCUUGUCAGUUCAGACAAACUGAAAGAGAAGUGUUCAUUACACUCAGCGACAGGGUCAGGGCCUGUCUGUACUUACGCGUUUGAUUGCCAUAUCAUUUUUCUAGAAGGUGAAUGUAAAACAUUUUUUUUUUUGACAUUCUGACAUUUAUUUUAUGUUACUUAUCAUUUAGGCAGCUGGCUAGUUCUCAGGUUAGCUCAUAUAUUGAGAAAGAGAGCGAGAUAUUCAGGAGCCACUAACGUUACACCCAGCGGGAAGAUGGCGCUUAAACGAAUCAAUAAGGAACUGAAUGACUUGGCACGUGAUCCUCCUGCACAGUGUUCAGCAGGUCCAGUGGGGGAUGACGUGUUCCACUGGCAGGCAACAAUCAUGGGGCCGAAUGAAAGUCCAUAUCAGGGCGGUGUUUUUUUCUUAACCAUACACUUCCCAACAGAUUACCCUUUUAAACCACCAAAGGUUGCAUUUACUACAAGAAUCUACCAUCCCAACAUUAACAGUAAUGGCAGCAUCUGUCUGGACAUCCUCAGGUCCCAGUGGUCUCCUGCACUUACUAUUUCUAAAGUUCUCCUGUCCAUCUGCUCACUCUUAUGUGACCCCAAUCCAGACGACCCUCUUGUGCCAGAGAUUGCCCGAAUCUAUAAAACAGACACAGAGAAGUAUAAUAGAAUGGCAAAGGAAUGGACAGAGAAAUAUGCCAUGCUGUAGGUGACAUUCAACUCUGCAUUGUGAACAUUAGAGAUACAACAGAAUAGCGCGGGAAUGGACUCAGAAAUAUGCCAUGUGAUGUUGGCUGGACACAUUUAUACACUGUUUAUUCUCUCAUGUUUUGGACACUGUUGCAAGACCAUAUUUCUCCAUCUGUCUCUUAUGGAGGCACAAUCAAACAGGAAUGCAGGCCUGCUCCUGGCCUUUCCACACUACAAAGUCUUGAAAUGGACCUCGCCAGUCUGACAGAAGUUCCUUCACUCUCAGCUCUGCCUAUCUUUGAUCUUUACCAAUCGAACUGCUCUCACUCCACAACACGUCAUGCCUGUGUGACCAGAGUGUGUUCUCUCUGAGCCGCUCGAAGACAGAAUGUCUUUAUGUUGUUCUGCUUUUUUUGGGGCCUUACUCCUGGAAUGCAUGCAAACGCAGGAGAAAAGGACCGAUGUUGUACAUAAGUGGGAGAUUGGGACUGAUUCCUAUAUUCUGUUUGAUUGUAAAGAUUUGCAACAUUUUGAUCAGCUCUUGGCCCAACUUUUCACAGCCGUGACACUGAGAUACAACUUAAUUGAUUGGCUUAAAUGUCUAUUUAAAUCCCGCUACUUUUUCUUUUCAAUAAAGAUGGAUAACUCCUA